GGUAUUCUGCCCCCCAGUAAAUCCGCCCCCAAAUGCAAUAGAAACCAUUUUUAAUUCCGUUUUUAAAUGGUAUCCAGGUCAAAAUUAAUUAGUUUUUAUAAGGUUAAUAGGCACUGAAUCAGUAUUACUGAUUAUUCUGAACGAGUUUGCAUUUUGGUGUUAAAAUCUAAUCAUCGCGUAUUAUAUUAACAGUGGACUACUUUCACCUUCCUAAGGAAGGCUUCCUUCAAAAAACGGCAAGUGUGAAGGAAGUUCAUUUAAAAUAUGGACGUUCUUGAACCACUCCCAAAUCCCGUCCAGCACUUCAACCAGGAGGAGGAUGAAGAUGAGUAUGGCAAUAAUGAAGCAAGUGGCCAAGUCACGAGAUCUCGUCGCGACUUUUUAUCAUCGCCAACUACACAUUCUUGUGAAAUGAGUGACACGGAGGAUCUCUGCAACAAUUCUAUGACCUUUUUCGACACCGAGGAGGAUUUUCUCACUAAACGACAUCUCAUUGUCAAUUAUCUUCCUCAAACGUUCACGGACGCUGAGUUGUAUAAUACCUUCAGUCCUUUCGGACCUCUAGAUAGCGUCAGAAUUAUGAAGGACAGUGAAACUGGAUACUCUUUUGGAUUUGGUUUCGUCAACUUUACUACCGAUGAAGUUGCAAUUGCUGCACAACGUGCUAUGAAUGGCUUCGAAGUGGCCACAAAAAAAAUCAAAGUAUCCUUUGCUCGUCCACCCUCUGACGACAUCAAACACACUAAUUUAUACAUCACGAACCUCCCAAGAAAUAUCACAGAACCAGAACUAUUGAACAUUUUCAAACCGUUUGGACCCAUCAUUCAGAAGAAGUUGUUACGUGACAAAUAUACCAAUCUGCCGAGAGGUGUGGCGUUCAUCAGAUACGAGAAGAGAGAUCAAGCUUCAACUGCAAUUAUGAAGUUGAAUAACUGUAUUCCUCCUGGAUGUGCUGAACCCCUACGUGUUCGACUUGCUGAGGAUCAUGGAAAACAAAAGGCAGCCUAUUUAUCUGGAUUUCAGGCUGGUAUGAUGGUUCCAAAGCGCAGCAGUAAUAACAGCAAUAAAAAUGGAAAAUGGAAGGCUGGGAGAGGAAAGAGUCGGAGCAAGAACAACAACACUACGACAAAGAGCAGACAGUACUCUCAUGUUCGCAAACAACAUGAUAAUAAUUAGCUGUAAAAAUGAAAUUUCAACUGAUUCUCCCUUUUAACCAACUGCCAUUAAGUGUUUGAACAAUACGUGUACAUAGUAAUUCAUACUGAUGAUUUACGAAUUAGAAAUGUAAUUGGAUCAUGAUGAUACGUAUAUAUAUAUAUUUUAUAAUAAUUUGUGGUAUUUCAUGUGUCCGUCACUUACAUAUAAAUUGUAACAAAGAAAGCUUAAACUUAUGUAGACAAAUACAAUUUAACAAACCUAA